AUGCCGGGAAAAGAAGCAUUAAAUGAGUAUAUGGACUAUGCCACCAUCCAUGGCGUUGGUCGACUGAAGAAUUCACCAUUUAAGGAUUUUGAUGAGUAUAACUACACGGCAUUUGAUAGUUCUAACACUAGCUCGAUUGACAAUGAUGUGUUAUUCUACUCGGCCGAAAAGUUUAAGACAAAGCUGGCUCUACUUGAUUUUGAAACACUAAUGGAAUACUCGCAACCAAUGAAUGAGUUAAUUUUGAUUUGCAAUUUUGCCGGCAAAACUUGCAACGAGAACGCCUGGAAUAUUAAACGCUCGUAUGAGUACGGCCUUUGUUACGAGUUCUACCCCGACUACCAGAUGUGUACGGACCCGAAUAUACAGUCCGGCUGUGGAAAUGUAGCCUCAGCAGGCCAGCAAUAUGGGCUAGAAAUUCUAUUGAAUGUUGAUCAAGAACAAUCGAUUCCGUUUGUAACAUCAUCGACUGGUGUGUUAGUCAUCCCGUCACAUAAAUACCAUGACCAUGUCGAAACAAAUCAAGGGAUAUUUGUGCCUACUGGAUUCGAGGCAAACAUUGCUUUGAGGAAGGAAUGUAUUAACAAUUAUCAAGAGAUUCACAUUCUAGAAGUGUGUGGCUGUUUGCAUCACUUUUAUGAAACCGGUAUGCUCAACGCUUCUAUCCCGCCAGAGAAGUUGAUGGAUCCAUACACAGGAGAUAUACCUUGCUAUACUGAUGUACAUCUAAAUUGUGUUCGCGAGACGCUUGCUCAAUUCGUUUUGAAAACGCCAGCAAGUUUUGACAAUUGCCUGCCAAGCUGCGAGGAAGAAUCUAUCGACAAGAGACUAGUGUUAUUGAAUUGGCCGAAUGAGUUUUUUACUCCAAUUCUUCGACGAAUAGUAAAAUCAAAGUUACCAAAGUAUGACUUGGAGUCAUUGAACAGAGAUAAAAUCAGAGACAACAUGCUUCUUAUGCGUGUGUAUUUGGACACACUCUCAUACGAACACGUCAAGGAGGAGUACUCUUAUGGGAUUGUGAAUUUUGUCAGCGAUAUCGGAGGACAACUUGGACUUUGGGCAGGUUUUUCGAUUUUGUCCGUGCUGGAAGUUAUAGAACUAGUGCUGCUCGUGUUUGCAAUGAAGAAAAGGCAAAACGAGACAAGGGCGCGGGAGACCACAUCUGUUACCCAAGUCCAACCUAUUGUGAAUGACACGGAUGCUCCAGUGAAAGAAAAACCAUAUAUUUAA